CAUUUCGGUUUAAUUCGGAAAAAGCUUCACGUAAAGAUACAUUAGCCUGUUUGUAAGAGAAAGUUUAUCUGGAUUCACUUUAACGGACCCAUAAACAUACCCGGAAAUACAUCAUGACGGGGCGUGUGUGCACUGCGCAGGUGUGAGGAGGGGGCGACGGCAACAAAGGUAACGCGGAAGUGAAGAAAAAGCGAACGGGAGAGGUCGAAAAACAAAGCGAUUAUUUUGGGUUUUAUGCAGCUGGUAUAACGAUUACGACGCGUAAGUGCAAUUUUAGUUAUGAUUAAGUGACUGUAAACAUUUCAUCUUGUUUUUUGCUGGAUUUAAGUGAAAAACUGCCUCAUUUGUAAGAGAUUAUUGGAGGACGUGUCCCUCUGAAGUGUAAAAGUGUGAAGUCUAUUAUAUAAGUGCAUUUUCGGAUAGUUCGCCGGAUCAGGGCUAAACUAUUUCAGGAUAAAUCCUGUUUAAAUGAGCUUUUAUAUACGUUUAUAAAGUUUUUGUUCAUUUUGGGCGACUAAAUAAGUGUCCAUUUAAUAAUGGGGGAGAGUGUUGCUUGGAAAUGGUAAAAGAAAUUGAUCGUGUGACCAAAUAUUUAGGAGAUGGGCGUCAAUUCACGGAGUCUGUGAUGGUUAGAAGCACAUGGGUGAAGGGGUUAGACAUUUAUUUCCAAAAUAAAACAUUUUUCACUCUUAAAAGUGAAUUUAGUCUGUCAUAAGUUUUAUUAGAAUUGUGUUCAGACCAAAAAAGAUCAUUUAAAUUUGUUUUAUACAUCAAUUGUGGUAUCUAUGAGCUACAACAUGAGGUCAAAAAUCUAACAUAAAAGUCCACCAUUUUCUUAAAUCACUUCAAGGCAUUCUCAUGUUAAAAUGGCUUUUUGCCAAACAGCUUUUUAGCAGUUAUAUGUAAUAAUAAUAAUAAUAAUAAUAAUAAAAAGAAUGGUUGUACAAGUUGAAUAGUGUAUAAUAGAUAAAAACACACAUGAAUGUAAAGAAGUGAUUGUUAAUUAGGGAGAGAGAAGGUGAGGGAGGUCUGGGGUGGUAGUAGGAAUACGGCUCAACUUACCCCGCUCCUAUGGUCAACCUACCCCAUACACGGGGUAAGUUUUUCUUUUUUGUGAUCAACUUUUUAUUAGAUUUUAAGAGCAACAGUCAUCAUUCAACAGCAUGUUAAAUAAUUACAACCAUAAUUAUACCCAUAUGCAUAUCCAUGUACGCACACACACAGGGUAAAAUUAUUAUUAUUAUUAAUAAAAGGAAAGCAUAAAAAUAAAAUGAAGAUAAAACUGUAAAUGAUAAAUAGUAACAUACAAAAGGCAAAUGAACAAAAUCCAUAAAAUAACACAAAUGCAUUAAAAAAAAAGUGCCAUUGAAGUAUAACCUCACAAGAUCUAUUGAACGGUUAGCUGUCAACCAUACUUUGCAGAACCCAGUAAAAAAAACCCAUACACAGGGUAAGUUGACCAUAGGAGACCACUUUUUUUGGCAUGCUAUAAUAAAAAGACGGUUCUGUUUACACUCAUUCUGUUUGUUUGCAGGGAUACACAACAUCUUGAAAUAUACGCAGAAAUAUGAAAAAUGGCUCAUCUUACCCCACUCUACUACUCUACCCUACUCUAAUUUUACUUUCAGUCAGCAGACACUGCAAACAGCGUCACCAUAUGAGAUGUUUAAUGGCUAAGGGAUCUACAGCACUAUGAGUUAGCAGGCAGCUGAACUACAGCUCAGAGACAGUAUAUGUCUGGCUUUAUGGCACUACAAUACUGAGAGUAUGUUUACUCUGGUGCCCACUUGCAGAGGUGACAACUUUUAUUUGUAGUUGUCUUAAACUGGUCUCUUGUUGAAGCAUAAAUCUGCUCUUUAUGUUUAUGUUACCCCUUGGAGCUCCUCACAGUCUGUGCUUCUCUCUCCCAGUUUGACCAUGGGCCUGUGUGACGGCCUCUCCCACUGUAAACUGGCUCUGGCUUUUGCGGUGAUGAUGGAUUUACUGGGAGGAGCCGCUCUGCUGGUGGGAGUCUUCGCCCCUUUGGAAAUCAAAGGGCGGGACUUUGGAGACUUACUGGUGUAUACUGGUAUGAAAGAAAACAGUUUAUUCAAUGUUGGUGGUAUGAAUAGACACAAAGAGUUAUAAAUGCUUACACCAGAAUCAAAAAUGCAGGUAAAUUAAGGGAAAAACUCAUUUAAUCUUCUCCACUGCUGCUGUUACAGCUGUUGAUCAUAACAUCAAACAGUCUCAGCUUAAGAAAACUGGAUCCUGACAGUAUUUACUCAUGCAAAUGUAUGAAAACUGGUGUCUCCCCUCCCCUCAGGAGCUCUGUUCGUGCUCAUGUCUCUGGCUGGAUGGGUGCUCUGGUACAGCGGGAACAUCGACGGUCUGACAUCCAAGAAGGAGCUCGGACACAUCAGCAGUGCCGUCGACCGGCUCGCAAGAAACCUCAGCCGCAAGAUCCGAACAUACAGACCCCACCACUGAGCCGCAGAGAGGAAGAAGUCUGAAUUUCACGAUAAAAGCUUCAGUUCCACGUCUUUGUUUGUCAGUAUUAAUACAGAGACUGAAUUCAAACAUGUCUUUGUUACCUGAAUUUCUCUGCAGAGACUCAAAACUAAUCUGGUGCUUUUGUUUUAUUUAAAUUUAAGUUACAGUCACCUGACAAGUCCAGAACAAGGUGUCAUUUUAAGAUACUACAAGCCUAAAAUAAGACCUAGAGUGCUUGAAACCAGUAAAAAAUCUGCUGUUUUUCGUACUUCCUACUCAGAAGGGAGGCCUUAAACAGGUUAAUCUGCACUUCUCAGGAGAAUAAAAUUAAGUCUUAUCAGACAUCUUUUAACUUUUACCAGAAAAAUGUCAAAAACACUUCCUUAGUUUGGAGUUUUUGCAGCUUACUGGAGUAUACAGUAGCAUCACAAGCUUGUCUGAAACAUUUCACUCAUAGAUGUGAACCGUCUCUCAUUACAGCUGAACUUUCAAUCUUUUAUGUAUUUUUAUUGUCUGUUACGAACAACUACCGGCCAACAGGGAGUUAUCUCAUGUCAAAGGUCAAAUAAACUUGUGAAUUCAUUAAAAAGAGUCUGUUUUAUCAUUUAUGCAAAAGCAGAUUUAUCCUCUGCUCAGUCAGAAACGAAGAUGCAUGUAAUUAGAUAACAGACAACGAUGCCAAUCAUGUAACAGAG